AUGACUCGUCGCGACGUUCGACCUUCGACCUUCGACUAUCGACCUGCGACCUUCUCCCUUCGACCUUCGACCUUAACUCGACCUUCGACGUCGACCUUCGACUAUCGACUCGUCGGUCUUCGACCUUCGACGUUCGACGUUCGACCUUCGACGGCCGCCGGCUUCGCGCUCGGGCUCGAGGGGGCGAGGAGGGGGGAGGUCCGCACCCGCUUCCCGCCCGAGCCGAGCGGCUACCUGCACAUCGGGCACGCGAAGGUGGGUCGGUUGGUUUCUUUGGGAUGCUUCGACGACACGAACCCGUCGAAGGAGACGGCCGAGUUCGAGGAGACGAUCCUGGAGGAUCUGCGGUUGAUCGGGGUGGUGAGUUUGGCUGUUUGGGGACGCGCAACGGAGCUACCUGCCGACUGCAAUAUCCCAGCGAAGUCGACUAACACCCCCCCCCCCCAGGCCUACGCGGACGACACGGAGCAGGCGCGCAUGCGGCAGGAGCGCUGGGACGGCAUCGCGAGCGCGCAUCGCGCCGACUCGCCCGCGGCGUCGCUCGCGCGCUUCGCGGAGAUGCGCGCGGGGACGGAGGAGGGGCAGCGGUGGUGUGUGCGCGCGAAGAUUAGUGUCGACGACCCGAACAAGGCGAUGCGCGACCCGGUCAUCUACCGCGUGAACCUGCUGCCGCACCAUCGGACGGGCACGACCUACAAGGCCUACCCUACCUACGACUUCGCGUGCCCGGUGGUCGAUUCGCUGGAGGGCGUCACCCACGCGCUCCGCACGAACGAGUACCGCGACCGGAACGCGCAGUACUACUGGAUGAUCAAGGCGGCCGGCCUGCGGGAGGUGCGGAUCUGGGAUUUUAGCCGCCUCAACUUCAUCUACACGCUCCUCUCGAAGCGCAAGUUGCAUUGGUUCGUCGACCAGGGCCUCGUCCGCGGCUGGGACGACCCGCGCUUCCCGACCGUGCGCGGCAUCCGCCGUCGGGGGUUGACCGUGGAGGCGCUGAAGCAGUUCAUGCUCGCGCAGGGCCCCUCGCAGGCGAUCGUGUCGCUCGAGUGGGACACGAUCUGGGCGAUGAAUAAGAAGGUCAUCGACCCCGUCGCGCCGCGCUUCUGGGCGCUGGAGGAGGGCGAUCUCGUCCCCGCCACGAUCACGAACUUCCCCGGCGCGAGCGCGGAGGUGAAGACGCUGCCGCGGCACAAGAAGAACGCGGAGGUCGGGGAAAAGCAGACCGUUUACUACAAGCACAUCCUCCUCGAGCAGGCGGACGCGCGCAGUGUUAGUGAGGGCGAGGAGCUCACCCUCAUGGACUGGGGCAACGCGAUCGUGCGCAAGAAGGCGCUCGAGGGCGACAAGGUCACCUCCCUUGAGCUCGAGCUGCACCUGGAGGGCGACGUGAAGAAGACGAAGUUGAAGACCACCUGGCUCGCCGCCGACCCUUCGAACCCGCUCACCGCCGCGCCGGGCGCGGACGCAUCGCUCGCGCCCGUGCCGGUCACGCUCCUCGACUACGACUACCUGAUCACGAAGAAGAAGCUGGAGGAGGGGGAUGAUGUGAAGGAUUUUGUCACCCCCCAGACCGAGUUCCGCACCUCAGCGAUCGCGGACGGCAACGUGCGCACGCUCAAGAAGGGCGACAUCAUCCAGUUCGAGCGCAAGGGCUACUACAUCCUCGACGGCGACGCCGAGGACGGUCGGCGCGAGUUCGUGCACAUCCCCGAUGGGCGCGCGGCUGGAAUCGCGAGCAAGGCGGCUGUUGAGGUGAGAGCUGUUUUGUUUAGUCUUCUUGAGCUCGUCGCCCCCUUCUCGCUCGUCCAUAAACCACCUCGCCACGUUCGUAGUACAACCCGGGAUUGGCGACUCAUCCUCACCCCCAGGAACCCAAGAAGGCCGGAAAGGCCAAGGACAAGGGCGACGGCGGGAAGAAGGGCGGCAAGGGCGGGGAUGCGGGCAAGAAGGGCGGCGAUGCCGCGAAGAAGGGGGAUGCGUCCAAGAAGGGAGGUGACCCCUCGAAGAAGGGUGGCGACGUCGGCAAGAAGGGCGGCGCUCCUCACUCCACCCCGCGCCCCGCGUCCGAGGGCAAGGCGGUCGCCGCCGCGCAGGCUGCUGCCGUGA